UCAUUCCCCACAAUGCACCUCAAAGUUUGUAGCUUGCCAGUUAGGUCAAAGAGGUUUUCUCAUCGAUGUUGUCCUAGUUUUGUGCAAUUAAUAGUCAAUACUGAGAGGAAGUGCAUUCCCGGAUUCACGUUUGCUGGCUUUGAAGUAAACUAGUAGCGRAUGAAAAUAUGUUAGUCAUUGUUCAUUUUUAUAGUUUUUUCAGUCUCAACAUUGUUAGCUAGCUCGUAAGCUGUCUACUCACCGAAGACGUUAGAGCUAGCCUACAUUAGUUCGACGUUAGCUAGACAUCGCUCCAGUUCCAGCUAUUGAUCUCCAGUAAUCUAGAGUUUAUGCAGAACGGUGACCAGCAUUACAGCAUGGAAGAUGAAACCUACACGGACAUCGACGGCAAGGCCAUCUCUCUGGAAUGUCAAAGUCACUCGGGUUUCUGCAGGGAGUUCACGGUUAGCUCGGCUAAAGUCUCCAUAGGCAGAGUGAUGGCUUACACUUGCGCCGUCUGGCUAUCGGCCUACAUCAUAUUUUUCGUCACUGAGAACACAGCCGUUCUCUCCAGUGCCAUAAUCAUCACCCUGGUCGGUAUGAUGGUUCACAUCCACUUUGUGAAGGUGGACCAUGAGACGCUGCUCAUCAUUGGUUCCCUGGGUGUCCAGGUGUCUUCUAGCUACGCCUCCGGCAGGGAGUCUACAGACUUCAUAGAGAUGGGGAAGAUUAGAAUUUUAUUUUAUAUGCCCAUUUUGUUUCAGCAAACAGUCAUCUACUACCUUUGCAUCCUCUUGAAGGACUCAGAUCCAGAGGCAGUGUCCAGCGUGGUCCCGCUGUUUCAGAGCUCAAAACCAAGGCUGAACUGCCUGGUCAAAGUGUACAAGAGCUGCCAGGAGAUUCUAGCUAAGUGCUGAGGGUGAUGAUGUCAUCCUGGUCAUUUGGUAAACCGUCUGGGUGAACCACGUUGACGUCAUGUUUGGGAAAAGCACAGUCGCUGACAUCACUGCAUUCCCGAUGCUUCAAACCACUGACUWCGCCGCAUACCGAGUCAUGCAACAUGUUUUGAAUAUUUCUCAGAUUAUGUUAUCGAUUCUCAAUGGAAAGAAAAACUGAUGAUA